GAUAUAAAUAGGGAGUAUUUGUUGAUCAUCCCAUUGCAUUCAGUGAGAAAUAAUAACUCGCUUUCGUGCUUCUUCUCUAUUCAUUCAUUCUAUGUACAAAGUUUGUGUCUGUGUAUGUGUUGUGUGUGUAAACAACUAUAGCCGCCAUUUAGGGAGAAGAGAGAAUUUUCCAAUCCGCCAAUCAAGCUCUCAAAUUUCAAAGAAUUUGAUUAUUAAUAAACAAAAUCAAAAUAUUUGAAUGAAAGAUUAAUUAAUUUUUUUUGUUGAUCAAAUUAUUUAUAUAUUUUUUCCAGAUGUUUAUCUUUAAUACAAUCCUUUUAUGAUUGUAUUUAUUGAUCAGUCAUCAAUUUUUUGCUACUAUAAUUUCGUCAUCGAUCUCAUCAUUAUUAUUUAAUCAUUAUUCAUUAAUUAUACUAUAAUAAUUUUGUUUUGUUUUUUGUAUAUGUUGAUUCAUAUGAAAUAUGAGCACUACAAGUAAAAGGCAAUCGGCAAAAAAUGCAGCAUUGGCUAUUGCAUUUGAAAUUUCAACAAGAUCACCGACAAAAAAACAAACAAAAAAUUCAUUGACCAAACCAUCAACAUCAUCAGGAUCGUCGUCAUCUAAAUCGGUAUCAAAACGUGGAUUAAUCGCAGGCAAAGAUGUGUAUGCAGUUAAACGUUUAUUGGAUAAACGUAUCAAACCCGAUGGCCGUAUUGAAUAUCUUGUUGAAUGGAAAGGAUGGUCUAGUCGUUAUAAUCAAUGGGAACCAAAAGAAAAUAUCAUUUCAUUAGAAUUGAUUAAAGAUUUUGAAAAUAGAAGAAAACAAAACAAUUCAACGACGACAACAUCAUCUUCCUCAACAUCAUCAUCUUCAACAGCAUCGUCAUCAUCAUCAUCAUCAUCAUCUUCAACGAUAGGAUAUCGUAAAGCACAAAUGCGGCCAACGUCAUCAAAUAAGAAAAAGAAUAUUAAGCAAAAAAAUAUUCAUCAUUCUCAUCAUCACCAUCAUCAUCACAAUCAUCAUAAUAAUAAUAAAAAUAAUCUUAAUGGACCUCAAAAUAAGAAUGGUUUAUCAGUUGGUAAAUUUGCAAACUUAUAUACAGCAACAACGGUUGGUCCACGACAAGCACGGCGUUUGAAAGCAGCGGCCGCAAUCAAACAUCAUUAAUCAUCCAUUUAAUAAUAAUAUUUCAAAUCAAAUUUUGAUGAAAUUUUCCAAUAAUAAUCAUCAUCAUAUAAACACAUUAUAUAAAUAAAUUAA